AGAUAGAAUAUGUGAUAGUCUGACUAUAAUAUAUGUUCUACUCAACUCAUCCUUCCUCCGUCUCUCCAGAAAAUAUCUAUUUCUCUCUCCUCUUUCUUUUUCAGUAACCAACUUUUCUUUUUUUUCUGGAUGAAUAUAAAAUAGGGGAGAGAGAGGAGAGGAUGAAAAGAAAAAACGAACAAAAAGGGUAAUGGAUCAACUCAUAUCAACUGACCGAGCGCUUGUCAAAAACCAAACAGAACAAGGACCCAGGCAAAAUCCACUGACGGCAAGAGAUAGGAGGGAGAUCUCGUGAUUUCCGGUGGCAAGUUUCGGUUUUGAUCCCAACCCCAGGUUCCUCACCCCGAGGAGAAAAGGAUCCAGAUUUUCUUCCUCUCUAGUAAGUUGCAGUUCGCGGUGGCGCCGCCCCCCGCCGCUGCCUCCGUGUUGCGCGGUUCCGAUUUGGAGUGAGGGGGAGCGCGUGCCGUGGGAUUCCCGUUCGGAUCUACGGAGUGGGCAGCUUUCCUGCUCCAAUUCGGUCGGCCAGCAACGAAGGCCCUUGAAUCUUGUUGAUGCGCGGCCAGAUGCGGGAAGCGUACUGGGAGAAGGUUUCUUGGAAUCUUCGUCCGGGCUCCGUGGAGUGAGGUCCCUCGCCCGCCGGGAUCGCCCCGUCGUCCUAUGGGCUGCGUCAGUUCCAAGCAAUUCCACGGCGGGGACGACCAUGGGGACGGCAAGCCGCGCCGGCGGCCCUCGAGCAACUCGCUGAAGCGCCUGGUUAGUUACAGUUCCAGCAAGAGGCAUGAGGAGUUGGAGGAGGAGGAUGAGGUGGGGGCGGCUGUGGCGGCCACGUCCUCGAGCGGCGGACGCCGCGCUGGGAAUGACGCCAGCACGGCGAGGCUGAUCCGGAAGCCGCCAGCACUGGUGGUCGAGGCUGUGCCGGCAUUGUCGGAGGAGGCUGCCACUUUGGCGGUUGGUGUAGUUGAUGCAGAAAGGGCGGUUGCUGCAGCGACUGGGAAUCGGAAGCGGCCUCCUGCAGAUGUACAUAUCAAUGGCGCGGCAGAGCAAGGACUGAGUAGCGUUGGUGUUAGAACGGAGGGGGAGGCCAAACCAAGGAUCAGGGACGUGCCCAAUGGCGUCCAGGGGGAGCAUGUGGUGGCAGGGUGGCCGAGAUGGCUCACAGAGGUGGCGGCAGAGGCGGUUCGUGGGUGGCAACCUCGGAGGGCUGAGUCUUUCGAGAAGCUGGACAAGAUAGGACAAGGUACAUAUAGCAGCGUUUAUAAAGCACGUGAUCUUGAGAAUGGAAAAAUUGUCGCUCUGAAGAAAGUUCGGUUUGCCAAUAUGGACCCUGAGAGUGUCCGAUUUAUGGCAAGGGAAAUCCACAUCUUAAGAAGGCUUGAUCAUCCAAAUGUUAUCAAACUUGAAGGUUUGGUGACGUCACGCAUGUCAAGCAGCUUGUAUCUUGUAUUUGAAUACAUGGAGCACGACCUUGCAGGACUUGCAGCUACACCUGGCUUAAAAUUCUCAGAACCUCAGGUCAAGUGUUACAUGCAACAGCUACUUUCUGGACUUGAUCAUUGUCACAACCGUGGUGUUUUGCAUCGGGAUAUAAAGGGUGCAAAUCUCCUACUUGACAACAAUGGCAUUCUUAAAAUAGCAGAUUUUGGUCUAGCUACAUUCUUUAAUCCCAAACAAAAACAACAUUUGACAAGUCGUGUAGUAACAUUGUGGUACCGGCCUCCUGAGCUUUUGUUGGGUGCUACUAACUAUGGUGCUGCUGUUGAUCUAUGGAGUGCCGGUUGCAUUCUUGCUGAGUUGCUAUCAGGGAAGCCUAUCAUGCCAGGACGAACUGAGGUGGAACAGUUGCACAAAAUUUUUAAGCUCUGCGGUUCACCAUCAGAGGAGUUUUGGGCUAAUUUGAAGUUAUCCCGAGCUACCAUAUUCAAGCCUCAGCAUCCGUACCGCCGAUGUGUGAAUGAUGUAUAUAAGGACUUUCCUACUACUGCUUUAACACUUUUGGACCAUCUACUUGCCGUAGAACCUGGGAAUAGGGGUACCGCUGCAUCUGCCCUUGACAGUGAAUUUUUUACAACAAAGCCAUAUGCCUGCGAUCCAUCAAGUCUACCCAAGUAUCCCCCAAGCAAGGAAUAUGAUGCUAAGCUUCGAGAUGAAGAAGCUAGGAGGCAAAGAGCAGCUGCUAAAGGACAGGAAGCUGAAGCUGGACGGAGGAAGCAACCUCCUGCACCUGAUGGUAAUAGUGGAUUGCAGCACCGCCGAGUUCAGAUGAAUCCUAAAAGCAGCAGUUACAAGUUCACUCCAAAGGAGGAUGCUGUUUCUGGAUUUCCAAUUGAUCCGCCAGCAAGAGCUGCUGCAGACAAUGGUUACCCUCAGCGCGUUCCUCUGAUGCAAGCUGGCCGUUCUUCCUCCACUCUGGGUAGAUCAAGUGGGAUGGAUCCAAAGGCCCAAAGAUUCCACACCUCCCAAAUUGUCACUACUGAGAUGUCCGGCCAAUCUACUGCAUCUGGGCAGCGAGGCAAUGCUCCUAAGAUGUCUAACCUCGGGGAAAGUGCCAGGAGACAAUAUCUUCGAGAGCAUCGGUCCAGUUCAAGAUACAGUCAACUCACUGCUGCGGACCCUUCUGACAGGCCUGAAUGGAACCAUCAAUUCCAAGAGCGGCCAUCGUCUUCCCAUCGGAAGGAUGAUGCUGUGGCAAACAAGGAGCAUACGGUGGUGAACGGGACAAAGAAGAACAGAAUCCACUAUUCGGGGCCAUUGAUGCCUCCUGGAGUGAACAUGGAUGAGAUUCUUAGAGAGCACGAGCGACAGAUCCAACAAGCAGUGCGAAGAGCGCGCCUUGACAAGGGAAAGGGAAAGCACAGCGGUGAGAGAGACCAGUCGGAGUCACUGCUGUGUACCACCGGGAAUCUCAGGGCUGAUCGCUAAGUUCAGUUUGAGCAGUCAUCAGAAGCAAAGAAAACAGCAUCGAAUCCCUUAUAUUUUUUCGGUUCCCCCGCCCCACCCCAACCGCCAAGCGGAGAGGUUUUUGUUCUGCCAGAAACUCAAACUCCUGAUGCGGUUUGGUACCCAGGAGGUGGGCAGCUGCCAAAAGAAAACCUGUUCCUGUAGAGAUUUACCGCCCCAGAGUCUAGCAUAUGCGGUCUGAAAUAUUUUUUCCCUGAAGAUUUGUUGGUUAUCCAUAGUCCUCAAUUGUAUAUCUCAAAAGUACUCACCCCCAAAAAUGAAAAAUUGAUCCAUACACUCGUUUUUGCAUA